AUAGUUUUAAGACGUAUUCUGAUGUAACAAUUCUUCAAAGGAAUACCGAAUGGGGAUGGGGACUGGAAGGUGGGAAAGAAUUAUCCUGGUUGAAUAUAAAUGCAAUUUUGAUUUCACCUGAUUGCCAGUAUCUCUUUGCCACUUACAAACGCUCCUAAGAAAAUGCAGGUGCUAUUUAUUGUGCUGUUCCUAGGCCUUGCUAGCAGUUAUCCUGUAGAAUACGGAGGCCAUGGUUUGACGUUAUUACAGCAUGCUCCAGUUGCGCAAUAUGCUGUUAAAGCUGAACCUGUAGCAUACCCAAAGUACAAAUUUGAAUAUGGCGUAAAAGACAGCCACACCGGAGACAUCAAAGAACAAUCAGAAGAACGCGACGGCCACGUCGUCAAGGGAGAAUAUUCGCUAGUCGAACCCGAUGGUACCGUCCGCAAAGUAGAAUACGAAGACGACGGCCACAGCGGCUUCAAUGCCAUUGUCACCAGGUCAGGACACGCAGUCCAUCCUCCAGCGCCUGUUAAAGUUGCAGUUCCGCUUUACCAUCACUAAUAAGGAAACCGUUCAUUGUUGCCAUAUGAUAUAGAAAGUAUAGAUUUUUAAGGUUAGGAAAUAAACGAAUUUUACCGUUUAUGUACAGGAUUAUGUUUUUAGAUCCAUAUCUAUAUGUUUAUUUUGUUAUUUUAUUUGAUAUCGAAGGAACCUUUCUACAGUUACAUGUUUAUAGUAAACGAAUUAAAGAGACGAAAGCCACUCAAGAUUUAAUGUCAAUAUAGAGCACUAUCAUUUGCUUAUACGUAUUUCAUCCUUAUGAAAUCCUCAGAGCGAACUUGCAGUCAGCUCUCUGAUUAAAAUAAAAUCUGGCAUAUUAGCCAUUAUUUUUAAAAAUAAUGUACCGAAGGUGCUACAGCGACAUCUAUUAAGGGGAUAGGCGCAAAAUCUUGGUCCAAUGCUAUUUAAAUGCAUUCAUUUUUUUCGAAUCCUAAGAAAUCUUUAAAUUUUUAAAAAACUCUUAUUAGUUUUUUUAGGAUUCGAAAAUAAUGAAUUCAUUUAAAUAGCAUUGGAUCAAGAUUUUGCGCCUACCAAUUUAAAAACUUAAUAACAAAAAAAAUUAUUUCAAUAAAUAAAUUCAAAAAAUUAUUUCAAAUAUAUAUGAAAAAUGUAUGUGUAAUGAUCUAAACGUACUCAGAAUCAAAAAUAUGUAAAGAUAGCUUUUUGUUUUAAGUUAUAGUAUGCAGAAAUUAAGUUUAAAAUCUCUCCUGUAAAAUUUUCUGUGAAAUGAGAUACGAGGUUUCCACACUAAGCUAUCGCUAUCUGGAUUCAUCAAACAGGAAACUAAUAUCUGCAACAUGAUUUUAUAUUGUUUUAUUAUUGCUGUCUGUUCGCUGUAAGCUUCACUGGUACCCCCAAAUAGCGAAUUACUAGUGCAACUUCAGUUGGAAAUUUAAUGAGAAACGUGUUUCGAAUGAUAACAAAUAAUUAUUGUUUAUUAUAUGAUUUCAGCGAUAUUAUAUUUUUUGAACAGUUUAUUUGUAUUUUGUGUAAUUAAACUAAUGCGGGAAAAUUAGUUUACCUACUUCUUUCCUUCUUCCGAUAAUUUCACAAUUAUCGUGUAGAUGGCGCUAGAAUAAUAUAUCAAUUAUAUUAUAAAAUGUUAAAAAACAAAAUUUUACUAUUUAAGAUAAAAAUGCUUGACCAGCUUAAGCUUUGACCAACUAAUAUUUUUUUUUAUAAUGUUUUAAAUUGCAAGGUUUUAAAUUAUUCAGUUUCACAUUUAUGUCAAAAUUUCCAACCGAAGUUCACCAACUUGUCACUAGUGGCGCUCACGAACUUUUAAUUAUCCCUCUACCUACGAGUUCACAGCAAGUAAAUGACUAUUUAUUAAAAUAGUAAUCUCAUAGAGUCAUAUUUUGGAUACCAUUUUCCAAUAACAGCUUAAUUGAAUUUUUGAUGGAGAACUGUAAAUGUUAAACCAAAAAAUGUAGACACACUUCAGGAAACUCGUUCAGCCUCUGUAAUUAAAGCCUGUGUUUUCAGUCUAAUCUGAGUUUGCUUGAUAUCAGCUUUAAUUUUAAUUUAGAUUUUUUCAAUUUCAUAUUUAUUAUUAUUUUUCAAUUACUUAUAGUUUAUGACCAUUUCUUACUACAAAAUAUAGCAUAGGUAUAUUUAUUUUCUAUUUCUUGGUUAUAGGUUAUUAUCUUGCUUUCCUUAUUCUCUUUUUUCUGCUUACUUACUUUACUUUAUCGUGUCCGGAGAUGUUAUUCAUAGAAUUUCGGCCCAGUAUCGGGAUACGUCUUUCCAUCUAUGUUAGCGAGUCACAAAUCUUCGAAGCUACACCGAUGGGGAAAGCUUCUGCAUGUAAGAAGAUGUUCCAGAUUCUCCAGAUUCUGUGUCUCUCCACCCACAGUCACAGUUCACAUCAUCUUGGUCUAUUUUUUCUGCUUAUUUAGAUAUUCUGCAAACUUUUAAGUUUAUUGUUAUAUAUUUUUUGGCAUAAUGAAAAAAAAAAACGUUUUAGGAUUAUAUGAACUAUAAACAAACUCCUUCUUUUUCUAAUCUUCUUCUUCUUCUUCUUCUUCUUCUUCUUCUUCUUCUUCUUCUGCUUCUUCUUCUUCUUCUUUUAUAUAGGCAGUACUGCCUGUAUUUCUUCAACGGUGCCUUUCAUUCUGCCCCUAAGUUGUUAUUCCAUCUUUUCCUUGGGCGUCCUAUACUUCUUCUGCCUAACAGUGACUUGUCCCUGGCUAUUCUUACUAUUCUUGAUUCAGACAUCCUGCUUCUUCACCCAGGUAUUUAUUCUUUACCCAGGUAUUUAUAUUGUCUACCCCACAUAUGCGUCUGAUUUCCUCACUUCUUACCCUAUCCUGUAGUCCUUUUCCAGCAAUCCUUCUUAAGAUCUUCAUUUCGUUGGUUUCCAGAUGUCUUCGUGUUUGGCUUGUAUCUGGUCUUGUUUCGGCCGUGUAAGUCAUAACUGGCCUAAUAACUGACUUAUAUAUGCGGGCCUUUGUUUCCAAUCUUGGGUGUUUGUUUUUCCAAAUUGUGUCGUUUAGGCAUCCGGCCGUUCUACUGGCUUUAAUUAUUUGGUCUUUUACCUCUUCUUCGAUAUUGUUGUCGGCUGAUAGAUUAAUUCCCAGAUAUUUGAAAGUCAUUACUUGUUGUAUAAUUUGAUUGUCUAACUCCAAUUUGCAUCUUAUUGGUUCUUUGGCAAUUACUAACCUUUUUGUUUUUUUGGGCUGAUAUUUUCAUAUUCAUUUCUUUUGCGUUAAUGUUGAACUCGUGCAAUAAUCUUUGUAGGUCGUCUUCGCACUCUGCUACUAACACGGUGUCAUCAGCGUAACAGAGUAUUUUUAUCUCUCUAUUGCCCAUUUUGUAACCUCUUUUUUUCUUCACUUGUUUUAUUAUUGCAUCCAAUAUUAUGUUAAACAGUAGAGGGCUUAGUGAAUCUCCUUGCCUGAUUUCUGUGUUUGUUUCUAUGGGUUCUGUUAUUAUUCCAUUGACUUUCAUUUCUAUUUUAUUUCUUACAAAUAUGUUUUCUAUCAGUUUUAUGAUAUCCAGUGGUAAAUUUUUCUCAUGUAGUAGGUGUAUCACAUCUUUUAAUUGGAUUCUAUCAAACGCUUUCUGUAGGUCUAUGAAAGAGAAAAGGGCUGGUUUGUUAUAUUCUAAUGAUUUCUCCGCUAUUUGCCUUAUCACAAAAACUGCAUCGUUACAUGGUCUUCCACUUCUAAAUCCUUGUUGUUUAUCCGAUAUAUUUAUGCACGCCAUUAUUUUCUCCAUAAAUAUUUUUGUUGUGAGUUUCAGUAUAGUGCUCAGUAAAUUUAUCCCUCUAUAGUUACUGGGAUCUGCCCUAUCACCUUUCUUAAAUAACGCUAUCAUUUCAGUGGUUCUCCAUUCUUCGGAAAUUCUUCCUGUAUUUAUUAUUUUAUUUAUAAGGAUAUUCAGUUCUUUGUGAAGUCUAUCUCCUCCGUAUUUUAAAAUUUCAUUAGCUAUUCCAUCUUUCCCAGGAGCUUUUCGAUUUUUCAUUUUUUUUAAGGCGUUCUUUAUAUCUUCCUCUUUAAUUUCUGUUUUCUCAUCCGAUUCUAAUCCUGGUGUUUCCAGUUCUUUGUGAUUAGCUGUUUGAUAGAGGUUUUUCUUCCUAUCUGUGACGAAUAUUAACGAUCAUCAUGUCAUUUUUUAUCUUAACUGCAAAAGAACGGAAAAUCUGCAAAUAUGUUGUGUUGAACCAGGUUCUGAGGUUCUUUAACCAGGAUGUUCUUCUUCCUUGAUUUCCAAAUAUUUUUACUUGCAGGAUUACGAGUAGUAACGAGAGUAGUAGCUUGCAGUAACGAGAUUUGACGGUGGUCAGUACCUUUCGGUUCUUCUUCAUUAUUCUGAGGACUUUGUGACCGCAUUUGUAACUCGGUCAGUCUAAAUCGUUCUCCAAUAUAGCCACAUCUUAAACGCUUUUAAUUUCCUGCAUAUAUCUUCGGUCACUGUUUACAAUUCAACAUGAUAAAAAAUGACGUAGAAGACAUAUCAUCGCAGCUUUCUUAUUUGUAUAAGAAGAGAUAGGUUGUCGAACUUAAAAAAGGUUCCUAACCGAAUAAAGAUGGAUCAAGUUUUUCGAUGCGCACUCUUAUCUCCUGGUCGUUGGUACAUUCUUUAUUUAUUAUGGUGCCGAGGUAGUUCUGACUCUUUAUAUAGGGGUUUGCUUGAAGUAGACUUGACCUUCUGGUCUCUUUUUUUGCUAAUUAUCAUGAGCUUUGUCUUCUUUGCGUUUAUAUUGAGUCCAUUUUGUUGACUGUAAUACGUGGUUUUACAAGUUUUACCAAGAUCACAAUACUAUGGAUUCAUCAUCUGCAUAUCUGGUGCUAUUUAGCCGGUACCUGUUUAGUAGAUUGCCUUUUUUGGUUGCGUGUAAACCUUCUGAUUCUCACAUAUUCGAUGUGUUCACGGUUGGGGAAAAUUUGACUUUCACACAGACUACAAAUUUUCUUACGGAUUUUCUUUAGGAACAAUUUUAGAACAUGACUCAUGAUGGCUUAUUGUACGGUAUUCUACUCAUCAUUUGGCUGCUGUUUUUUUAGAAUUACAAAAUUACAAUAAACUCAGACUUCAGCCAUUCUGUUGGUAUUUCUCUAAAGUUGUAUUGUCAUAAAACAGUUAUAUAAACAAAUACUACCAGAAACAUGUAAUGUACUCGUAGAUCGGUUCUAAAUAGUAAAAUAUAUUGAUCAAUGGAUUGCGUCAACCUAUUAAUGCAAUAGUCAAUGAUCCAGUUAAUGUAGAUUAUAGUUAUAGAUUGUAGAUAAAGGAGUUGUUUAAC